AUGAUAAACCAAUAUCUUCGUGGAGAGAUACAGCUCGACGACCAUGCGGUCCAUCUGCUCUUCUCCGCGAACCGGUGGGAGGCUGCUGCGCAGAUACGACAAGAUAUAGAGUCCGGGAUCACCGUCAUCGUUGACCGAUACUCGUAUUCGGGGGCAGUAUACUCGGCUGCAAAGGAGAACAAGGAACUGCAGCUUGACUGGGCAUGGAGACCUGAGGUAGGGCUACCUCGACCUGAUAUCUGGUUCUUUUUGAACAUCUCAAUCGAAGCUGCGGCUGCUAGAGGGGGGUACGGAACUGAGAGAUAUGAGACUAUCAAUCUGCAGAAGAAGGUCGGGAAGCUAUUUCUCUCCUUGACUGAGCUGAAGGGCAAUGAAGAUAUGAGGGUUGUUGAUGCGGGCAGAGGGAUAGAUGAGAUAUCUCGGCAGAUCCGGGAAGAAGUGCUACAGACGAUGGCCAAAGUUGAUUCUAUAGGGCCACUGAGGAAGCUUGACGCUUUGGUGUUUACGGAGACGGAAGACAAAGGUUCUUCAUAG